CAGUGACGUCACAGGCAGGCGUCCAGGAGGAGCAGAAGAAGCGUGAGAAAGGUUGGAGCAGUGAAUGAGCUCCAUUCCGUGUAGACAUGCGUGUUGUCUCGGCUCUGUGUGUCCUCGGUGAGUUCGGGCAGCUUGAGUAGACCUUCACACACCUGCAGGAUGUCUCCGGUUGUGUGGAAGCUGUUGUCUAACAGCAGGAUCGUGUCAGGGCUGAUGGUCAACCUGCUCUCCUCCAUAUGCAUCGUCUUCAUCAACAAAUGGAUCUACGUGCAUUACGGCUUCCCCAACAUGACCCUGACCCUGGUGCACUUCGUGGUCACAUGGCUGGGGCUCUUCGUGUGCCAGAAGAUGGACAUUUUCUCCCCGAAGAGUCUGCGAGCUUCCAGCAUCCUGCUCCUGGCGCUGAGCUUCUGCGGCUUCGUGGCUCUGACCAACUUGUCUCUGCAGAACAACAGCAUCGGGACGUACCAGCUGGCCAAAGCCAUGACCACCCCGGUCAUCAUCCUCAUCCAGACCACCUACUACAGGAAGAGCUUCUCCACAAACAUCAAACUCACGCUGGUGCCGAUCACGUUAGGCGUGAUCCUGAACUCUUACUACGAUGUGAAGUUUAACUUGCUGGGGAUCGUCUUCGCCACGCUGGGGGUCCUGGUCACCUCUCUGUACCAAGUGUGGGUUGGAGCGAAGCAGCAUGAGCUGCAGGUGAACUCCAUGCAGUUGUUGUACUACCAGGCCCCCAUGUCCUCCGCUUUCCUCCUCACAAUCGUCCCCUUCUUCGAGCCCCUCACCGGAGAGGGGGGCAUUUUCGGCCCCUGGUCUCCACAGGCCCUGGCGAUGGUGUUCCUGUCCGGAAUUAUUGCCUUCCUGGUGAAUCUGUCCAUCUACUGGAUCAUCGGGAACACGUCUCCCGUCACCUACAACAUGUUUGGUCACUUUAAGUUCUGCAUCACGCUGCUCGGAGGUUACGUGCUGUUCCAGGAGCCGCUGUCUCUGCACCAGGGUCUGGGCAUCGCCUGCACACUCGGCGGCAUCCUGAGCUACACACACUUCAAACUGAGCGAGCAGGAGGAGGGGAAGGGCCGGCUCGCUCAGAGACCCUGAACACACACACACACACACACGCUGGAGCACAGACUCACUGACGCCACACAACACUGUACAUGUCGGCGACUCAACACCGUCUGCCUCAGAACACAUUCAGCUCCUCGUCCGUGUGGAAUGAACUGUUUUUACACCAUUUAGUGUUUUAUUCAGAAUUAAUAAAGUACUGAAAAUCA